GACGCAGGAAUAUAGACAGACUUGGAAGCUUGGUGCCGCGUCUUGAAGUCUAUAGACGACUGACUGCACACUUUCUCUCACGCCAUACCCGAACAGAAAUCAUUAAUACUUCAUCCCUGGAGAUGAACCAGCCCUCCAUGAACAAGGUCAGAACAGCCAUGUUAGCGACGUCUUUUCUCCUUCACUGGCACUUCCUUCCGUGUCGACGCCGUGACAGAUAAAGAACAAACAGUUUCUCCCGUAUCUGUCGCGCCGUUUCGGACCCACGGUCGGCUUGCCUUAAUUUCGCGGCGCCUCCUCCGUAUUGAGACGUCACGGAGAGAACGGACUUGUUCUGGAGCAAAGAUGGCUGUUUUCAUCCGGCUCGCCUCACGCCUCCUCAUCGUCUGGCUGUUCUUCACUCAUCAAGUUGAUGCGGCAUCGUACAAAAGGCGGCCCGAAUCCACAGCAGUCCUGAGUGGGCAAGUUGUCAACUUGCGGUGUGCGUUCAACGGACUGAGCAGUGGAGACACUGUAGUGUGGCAGGGGCCACCAAACGACGUGAUCAUCUCUACCGGACACACCGUGUUUCAGUCGUACCGACAGCGGCACCGCAUUGUCGGGGACAGCUCCAAUGGAGAGUACAAUCUUCAGAUUUCCCGGCUAAAGUUGGAAGAUAGUGGAAAAUACAAGUGUUCUACAGCGUCAGUUCCUACUGCAGAGGAAGCUGUAUUAACUGUAGUUGUGCCAAUGGCGGGACCUCCAGAGAUCCUAGGAGCGGAGCUACCUCUAACGUCAGGGCACGAGCUGCUGCUGCGGUGCCGGUCCCGGGGAGGUCACCCCCCUCCCCGCCUGGUGUGGUACAACGGCACCCGGGAGUUCGGCUCGACUAACUCCCCCGGAGACACAGACGACGGACAACAGUCGCUGGAGUUGUUCUCUCCACGGGUGUCCAAAUGGGACAACGGCGCAAACUUCACCUGUAUGGCCGACCAAGGGUUCCCACAACUAGUCAAACCCACGGGGUCGUCUAGAAUACUGAGAGUCAACUACCCACCCAUCGUGUCCGUCCCAUCCCCCUCCGUGCACGUGCGGGAGGGCCAGACCGUGAACCUAACGUGUUACGUGGACGCCAACCCCAGGGCCACGGUCAAGUGGAGGAGGCUCGGAGACAUACUGCCGACUAAGAGCCGUCAGAUAGAGAAGACCCUGAACCUUCAGCAGGUGUCCAGGCAGGACCGAGGAGUGUACCAGUGUGAGGCUAGGAACAGGAUCCUGCCAGAUGGGAUCGGAACUGUCACUCUGGAAGUCUUCUAUCCACCGUCCAUCACAAGUACACUAGACGAGAAGGUGACGGUCCUGCACACCAAGAACGACUUCUCCCUGGGGUGUCUGGCGGAGGGGAACCCGAAGCCUCACAUCCGCUGGCGGCGGAAGGGUACAAACCUGUACUGGGACAACCCGCUGCGGUUCCACCGGGUGCGCUAUGACGUGGAGGGGACCUACGAGUGUGUGGCCACCAGCGACGGCUUCCCACAGGCCACCAGAGACGUGUUUGUGGACGUCGUAGGGAAACCUCAGAUGAAGGACGGCCCGUCCCUGGUGUCCAUCGGUGACGGCGACACCGCCAGGUUCUUCUGUGACGUCAUGGCAGACCCCGCCCCUAGUGACGUCACUUGGAUCUGGCGGAAGACUAACGGUGUAGAGAACGUCAUGGUAACGACCUAUAACGGCAUCAGCAUCAAUAAAAAACAGACCAAUGAGGGGACGUCAUCCAUCCUGACGAUAGACCACGCCCACACGGACGAUGAGGGGGUUUAUAUAUGUAAAGCCUCCAACAUGUUCGGCAAGGCCCAGAGAGAAAUCAGACUCAUGGUUAAAGGGACGCAGACGUCCAUUGCUAUCAUUAUUUCCGUCUCCAUGGUGAUGGUAGUCCUGGCCGUGGUGUCGGUUGUGGUGCUGUUCAUCGCGAAGCGGAAGGAGUGGAUAUGUCGGCGGAAGAGACACGAGACGCCUAGUUUGACUCCUUCUAAGCCCGUGCCGCCCCUGCCGAAGUAUGCCAGGAAACCCGGCCACGGCACGAACGACUCCGGAGUGGAAGACCUGGAGCUGCAGGAGCUGGACGGGACUCUGAAGCCACGCCCACCGCCCAGGAUGGGGAAAGACUGGACAGCUAUAGGUUUAUCCUACCCACGCCUGGCGCACUCCCACUCCAACACCCUGCCUCCGUACUCCACCGUGGAGCGGCACCGGCCGGAGGGGGAGGACAUCCGGGAGGAGGACAGCAGUCGGGAGGGCUCCACGGACGGAACCACUGUCAUGGUCCAGGUGGAACAGCCCCCACCGCCUCCCAGAGACAAGAAAAGACGGUGGAACCGACGGGCCGGGGACAGAACCCACCGCAACCAACACGAGGCCGAGAACGUCAUGAACGAGACCCAGGCAGAGAGUUUAUAAACGGGGGAUACCAUCUGACGAACCAAUUAUUCAGCAUACGUCUCUUAUUUUUGGUGAUACUAUACACACCAUCCAUGGAGCGCUCAAAGUAUCCCAAUGUGUUUAUGUUACGUUACUGAAGUUGCCAUCAGAUGUGGACGUAAAUGCAGUACACAUUUUGUCGUUUAUGGGUCUCACUUGCAAUGGAGUUUUUUUUGCCAUCUUAAUGCUGUAAAAAAACUUGCUCAAGUUAUGUCAGGUCUAUUUAUGAUUUACAUUGAAUACUUAACAUGAACUCACACUUAUGCAGUGUCAAUGGUAAGUAGUUUACAAACCAGAGCGUCCUUAUGCUUGUCCUCUAUGUAUCUCCAGACGAGAUCAUCAGUUCUUGACGUUAAACCUAAGAAUACCGUGGUGAUGUGUAUCUGGUGAGUCGUGAGUGCUUACAUAUUGGAUUUCCCCGACUCUACCGGAUUGUAAUAUAGCUUCACGGCGCCCAGCGGAGCCGUUAUCAGCCGCACAGUUCAAGCAGGCGCGGCCUUCUCUAUUAAGAUAAGAGCAACAUGAAAUCUUACGUGCUAAUUCAUUGCAACGGUACAUUAAGUUUAACUACAUACAUCUGUAAAUGCCGUAGCCAAUAAUACGAACGUGUUUAGCUAUAUUAUAAAGAAAAAGCUGACACGAUUGCGCUUGCCUUUACACAAUGCUACUAAGAUUAUAUCUUAUACAAUAUCAACUGAUUGAAACAGCAAUGGACAUAUUCUUUCUGAUGAGGCCACAUCAUUCUGAUUUUAUGUUUGACGCUCGCUGAAAAUUACAAAAAUUAUGCAAGAGUGUGGAAUGAAAAAAAAACACUCUUUGAUGAAUUUUAUGACAGAAUGUUUACGAAUCUAUUCCUGACAAUUACCACAUAUUGACGUAUUCAGAUAUUCAUAUUGUACAAAACUUCUUUCACCCGUUUAUAAAUGAUAUUAAGCACUUUUUUCCCACCAGCCGAAAAGACCCCGGAUUCAUUGUUUUUGAGAGUUGAGCCAAAUUGAAGAAGCGUACGGGUGGCAUCCAUAAAGUGAUACUGAUGUGGCCUAACUCCACAGCAAAAACUUUUAAAGAAAACAUCAUGAAACCAAGUUUUGAGGACAAUAAUCAUUUUGAAAUUUUCUGUAUUUUCUGUGCAGUAGCUAUAGAAUAGGCCUUUUUUUAGAAUGCUGCAAAUGAUUUCAUAUAUGUAUAUAUGCCAAAUAGCCUGGAUACCAGCCUUGUUCAGAUUUGGCUCUUCAACAAUCACUAUAUGCCACGUCGGCAUGUAACAAAUUGAGCAUUGCUAGCCUAGCAAAGUAAGGCUGAUAUACAGGCAUGUAACAAAUUGAGCAUUGCUAGCCUAGCAAAGUAAGGCUGAUAUACAGGCUAAUUCCAGGACCAAAACGUUUUGUAAAAAAAAAAAUAGCCGUAAAGAAAAAUAUUGAGAUUGAACUGACAGCAAGCUUAAGAUCUACUAUUUAACAAAUGUAUCAAUGGAGCUUUCAUCUUUCAGCCAAUUGACGUAGAAUUUACAAGUUUAUAGUUUGUUCUGCAUUUUCGAUAUGUACGAGUACUGCUUGAUGUACAUGAGCCCUACCUACUAUUGGGUGCUCGGAUAUGUUUGUUUCAUGAUAUCGGCAAAACUAUUUGUACGUAUUCGACGUCAGGUAGUGUUAUGAAUACACCAUAUGUUAUAUGGAACGAUAUGCUGAAAGUAAAUAUCUUAUUGAGAUUGUGUGUAGGAAAUAAAAUUAUCAGAACAAUGCUGUAUAUACUACUUAAGCGGGCACAGCGUUAAUCAAGGUAAUGUGUAAGUUCUCAUCUACACAAAGGCAGCAACCAAAUAAACCUAAGGAACUUCCUG